AUGAAUAUACCGAUGAGAGAUCCAGUAAUCCCUGGGACAAGCAUGGCUUAUCAUCCUUUUUUACCUCACCGGGCACCGGACUUUGCCAUGAGCGCUGUGUUGGGACACCAGCCUCCCUUCUUCCCGGCUCUGGCUUUGCCUCCCAACGGGGCAGCCGCCCUCUCCCUUCCCGGGGCUCUGGCUAAACCCAUCAUGGAUCAGUUAGUGGGGGCUGCAGAGACUGGUAUCCCCUUUUCUUCCCUGGGUCACCAGGCAGCAGCCCAUCUGAGGCCUUUAAAAACUCUGGAGCCAGAAGAAGAGGUGGAAGAUGACCCGAAAGUGCAUCUGGAAGCCAAAGAGCUUUGGGAACAAUUCCAUAAAAGAGGCACGGAGAUGGUGAUUACCAAAUCGGGAAGGAGAAUGUUUCCUCCAUUUAAAGUGAGAUGCACUGGACUGGAUAAAAAGGCCAAGUACAUUUUAUUGAUGGAUAUUGUGGCGGCUGAUGAUUGUAGGUACAAAUUCCAUAAUUCCCGGUGGAUGGUAGCCGGCAAAGCUGACCCUGAAAUGCCAAAGAGAAUGUACAUCCACCCGGACAGCCCGGCCACCGGCGAACAAUGGAUGUCCAAAGUCGUCACCUUUCACAAGCUGAAGCUCACUAACAACAUCUCUGACAAGCACGGAUUUACCAUUUUAAACUCCAUGCACAAGUACCAGCCCCGGUUCCACAUCGUCCGAGCAAACGAUAUUCUCAAGCUUCCCUACAGCACGUUCAGGACCUACGUUUUCCCGGAGACUGAAUUCAUCGCAGUGACCGCAUACCAGAAUGAUAAGAUCACUCAAUUAAAAAUUGACAACAACCCCUUUGCCAAAGGUUUUCGGGACACCGGGAAUGGAAGGAGGGAAAAAAGGAAGCAGCUGACCCUCCAGUCCAUGCGGGUGUACGACGAGAGGCAGAAGAAGGAAAACCCCACCUCGGACGAGUCGUCCAACGAGCAGACGGCCUUCAAGUGCUUCGCCCAGUCCUCCUGCCCCGCCGUGCCCGCCGUCGGCACCUCCAGCCUCAAAGAUCUCUGCCCCAGCGAGGGAGACAGCGAUGCAGACAGCAAAGACGAUCCCUUGCUAGAAGCCAACGAGGCGGGGAAAAUCAGCACGACCACCGCCACCACCCCAGCGCCGGCCAGCUCCGCCGCGGCCGUGGGAGACGACCCCCGGGAAAAGGGGGGCAGCCCCUCAAAAAGCCACUUCUUUCCCGGGGACUCGGCGGGGAGCCGGAGCCGAGAGAGGACGGAGAAAGCCCCUCCGGACUCCCGGCACAGCCCGGCUACUAUCUCUUCCAGCACCCGGGGGGGAAGCCUGAGCGGCGAGGAACUGAAAAGCCCCCUCAGGGAUGGCCCCAAAGUAGAUGAGAACCGGCUGCUGGGGAAAGAGCCCUUCACCCCCCUCACGGUCCAGACCGACAGCACGGCCCACCUGAGCCAGGGACACUUGCAAAACCUCGGCUUCCCCCCUGCCCUGGCCGGCCAGCAGUUCUUCAACCCGCUGGGGAACGGGCACCCGCUGCUGCUGCACCCCGGGCAGUUCGCCAUGGGGGGGGCCUUCUCCGGCAUGGCCGCCGGUAUGGGUCCCCUGCUCGCCACCGUCUCCGGGGCAUCCGCCGGUGUCUCGGGACUGGACAACACGGUCAUGGCCACGGCGGCGGCCCAGGGACUUUCGGGAGCAUCGGCGGCUGCUUUGCCUUUCCAUCUGCAGCAGCACGUCCUGGCUUCGCAGCCCGCCCUGCCCGGCCUGGCCGCCGGCUCCGGCGAGGGCAAAGCGGGGGGGUUGACCACCAGCCCCGGUUCCGUACCCCUGGACUCCGCUUCGGACCUCACCAGCCGCUCGUCCACCCUCUCCUCCGGCUCCAUCUCCCUCUCCCCCAAACUGGGCGCAGACAAGGAGGCGGCCACCAGCGAACUGCAAAACAUCCAGCGCCUGGUCAGUGGGCUCGAUCCCAAGCAGGACAGAUCCCGCAGCGGCUCCCCGUAA